AAACAAGUUAAACAAAUCGGGUAAAACCGGCAAGGUCUGUCCCACUCCCAGCUUCCUUCCUUCCUCAAUCUUCCCCCAUCCACUACGACCUCUACCGCCUCUCUCACUGUUCUCUGAGUACCUCAAUUGUCAAUUCGCAUCAUCAUUCUAUCUCUCUCCCUGCGGAAAGAAAGAUGCAAGCUGCUGCAUCAACGGCGAUGGCGGCUCACGCUAUCCUAUCCACUUCCCCUUCGUCAUGUGCCCUCCUUUCCCCCGUUUCGAAACCCGUCGCCGCCAACCACCAACCACCGGCUCUCCGUUCCCUCUUCCAUGGUGUUAAUCUCCCUCUUCGCCAGUCCAUGGCUUCUCUCUCCCUAGCUGCUCCCUCCACCAGGAAGCCCCUAACCGUCGUCGCCGCCACCAAGAAGGCCGUCGCUGUUUUGAAAGGCACUUCCAGUGUCGAAGGCGUUGUCACCUUGACUCAGGAAGACGAUGCAGGCCCAACAACUGUAAAUGUUCGUAUCACUGGUCUCACUCCAGGGCUUCAUGGUUUCCACCUGCAUGAGUACGGUGACACAACUAAUGGCUGCAUUUCAACAGGACCGCAUUUCAAUCCCAACGGCUUGACUCAUGGUGCUCCUGAAGAUGAAGUCCGACAUGCGGGCGACCUGGGAAACAUAAUUGCUAAUGCUGAUGGUGUAGCAGAAGCAACAAUUGUGGACGCACAGAUCCCUCUGAGUGGCCCUAAUGCAGUAGUUGGAAGGGCUUUUGUGGUCCAUGAGCUGGAGGAUGAUCUAGGAAAGGGUGGGCAUGAGCUUAGUCUGAGCACAGGAAAUGCAGGAGGUCGACUGGCAUGCGGUAUGUAUCACUGUCCAAUUAUGUUCUCAAUUCUGUUCUUACUAGCUAGGGACCUUGCUUGAUUGACUGUUCCUUGACUAAUUCUCCUGAGCACAUAGCUCACUUGUUGGUUGACUGCCCAACCAUGUGAAUGGUGUGUGAUGAAUUACUUUACUGUUUGCAUGGCAGUUGCCGCGGUUCCCAAAAAACGAACAUCUCUGUCCAAAAAGCGAAUUCGUAAAAAUAUAUGGAAAAGGAAGGGAUAUUGGGCUGCAUUGAAAGCUUAUUCACUUGCCAAAUCUCUAUAUACCGGUAGAUCGAAAAGUUUUUGGUGCGACUAUACUAAAAAGGAGUAGAUCCAUUAGCUUGACAUUUGAAGUUUGGUAAGCAAGCCUUAAAGAUUGUAGCACUCCUUUCGUACGGUCGUUUCGAGAUCAAAGGCAAAUGUUUUCAGAAGCCCCAACUCAGUUUUGAUGGAUAAGUGAAUCUUGGUCUGAGAUAUCCUGUUUUCAAUCCAGAUACGAAGACCACAAACUCUAUUGUCAUUCACUUCUUAAUUUCCUUAGCAGCAGCACUCUUAUGUCAAAACUCAAAAUGGAGUCCCUCGUGUGCCUUACUGGCCGACUCCAUUGGAAACUCAUCGUGUAUUAUAGUAACCCUUGAUUGAAGUUGCUUUAUCAUCACAUUCUGUACCCUUCCUUGCUGUGCAGGUGUUGUUGGCUUGACGCCUAUAUAAUGCAAGCCGUAGUAGAACGAAUCGAACUCUGGUGUGUCUGUGGACUGUGGCCUUUGCUUAUAUUCCUUAGCUUCUUCUCAUUCUAGAGGAGUAGAGGCUAAAGUUGAUUAUGGCUCCAGUUUGGAUAUGUACCCAUAUGCAUGCAAUUGAGUGAAACAGAAGCAAUAAAAUCUGCGAAUUCAGCAGCAGCAGAUACUUUGAGAUGUUUGUUGUUGGGUUCGGCAGCCGCUUUCUGUAAUUGGAGUAUGUAUGAACUAAGAAGAAAAGAGGCCAAGAGGCAUUGGGCCGGUUUGUUCCAUGAGUGUCUAAUGGUCUUAAUUGUAAUUGAAUUGGGCCGCAUGUUGACAAAUAUGUUUUCAUAUCUCAGCCCAUCUGUGGCCCAAUGUAUGCUCAAACGUCCAAGGCACCCAACAGAAAAACUAAAAAGUGUAGAGCCUGUAGGCCGAUUUGUGGAAGGAUUCACGCACGGUAAAAUGUUGGACCCAACAGUAAUUUUGUGUUGGAAUUUCUUAAUCUC